UCUCUGGCCGCAUGGGUACCAUGGCAACAGAGACAGGCUGUAGCCUGGAUUCCGGAAGCCGGAGAGCUGGAGCGUGGAAACUACCCGGUCAAAGGAUGCUGAGUCCCGAGCGCCUUGCUCUACCGGACUACGAGUAUCUGGCUCAGAGACAUGUCCUUACCUACAUGGAGGAUGCAGUGUGCCAGCUGCUGGAGAACAGGGAGGACAUUAGCCAGUAUGGUAUUGCCCGGUUCUUCACUGAAUAUUUUAACAGUGUAUGCCAAGGAACUCACAUUCUCUUCCGGGAAUUCAGCUUCAUACAAGCCACACCCCACAACAGGGCGUCGUUUCUACGGGCCUUCUGGAGAUGCUUUCGAACUGUAGGCAAAAAUGGUGACUUGCUGACCAUGAGGGAGUACCACUGCCUGCUGCAGCUACUGUGCCCAGAUUUCCCACUGGAACUCACUCAGAAAGCAGCUAGGAUCGUGCUCAUGGACGAUGCAAUGGACUGCUUGAUGUCUUUUUCAGAUUUCCUUUUUGCUUUCCAGAUCCAGUUUUACUAUUCAGAAUUUCUGGACAGUGUGGCUGCCAUCUAUCAGGACUUGCUGUCAGGGAAGAACCCCAAUACAGUGAUUGUGCCAACAUCAUCCAGUGGGCAGCAUCGUCAACGGCCUGCCUUGGGUGAUGCUGGUGUGCUGGAUGGAGUGGAGGCGUCACUGUUCUAUCAGCGCCUGGAGAACCUGUGUGACCGGCACAAGUACAGCUGCCCACCCCCAGCGCUUGUCAAAGAGAUCCUGAGCAAUGUCCAGAGGUUGACUUUCUAUGGCUUCCUUGUGGCCCUCUCAAAGCAUCAUGGAAUCAACCAGACGCUGGGAGCUUUACCUGACAAAGGAGACUUGAUGCAUGACCCAGCCAUGGAUGAGGAGCUGGAACGGCUGUUGGUCCAGGUCCCAGGCCUGGUCAACUCCAUCACUGCCACUUCUGAGGCCAGCUGCCUGCCUUCUCGAACCCCUCCCCGGGUUGGUUCCCCAUGGAAACCCCUCCAUCGCUCCCGCAAAUUGGAUGCAGAGAGCGAUGGCUCCACUGAAGAGACAGAUGAGUCUGAGACUUGAAUCUGAAGGGCCCCCAUCUGUGGCCUGUACCUUGUUCCCACCCUGCUCUUGCUGCCCUCACCAGACUUCUCCAGCAUCACUGUGCCGCCCUCUGCUGGAGAGAAACGCAAACAACAGUCCUGCAGCCACUAGAUCAGUGAUCCCAGAAAUCCCGUAACUUAUGCUCUCAGCUUCUCAGCUUUUGACAACCUGUUGAGCCCUAAACUGAAUAUUGUACUUCAACUCUGGGGAGGGUAUCGGCUUUAGCCUUUUGUUGGCAGUGCUGCUUAUGCUUUAAGCACAGUGUCUUUUCAGCCAGCCAUGAUCCUCCUAGUGAGGGUCAUUUUUCACAACUCCCAUAAAAGGAACACAAAUUACUAACACUGGGUUUUCACGGUCAAGGGUGACUCCUGAGAACAUGUGCUGGGAAGACAUGUCAACUGUGGCCUUCUGCUGGAGAAAUCAGCCACUAGCUGGAGUAAGAGGGAGGAUGGGCAAGAAUUUCACUUUCAAAAUCGGCUUCAAGUUUGUAUCAAAUAGUCCAAUCUGUGAAAUGAAUAAAGUCCCUUGUCUCUGGUAAGCAAUGAGUCUAAAGCUGGCAGGCUAUAGGGAGGGAAAGGGCAAGUGUGACUUGGGUGCUUUUUCUGACGGGAUGGGAGGUGGAGCCAGGGGCCAUUCCAGCAUGGAGGCCUGCCUCAGUUGACAGAGGACCUGGCCCUAGUGCAGGUGAGGGCAGCCUUCAAAGCAGAGGCAUGCAUAAUUGAAAUGGCCCUCAGCAGCAUCUCAGGGUGCUCAGUGAGUUCUCACUGCCUGGGAGUCCCUGGUCACAAGCUGCAGAGCCUUUUCGCCAGGGUUUCAUUAACCUCCCAGGUCAGGGCAGUAUUGCAGACAUGCACAAAGCAGGCCUAAGGUUUGGAGCAGAGGCUGGAAAAGUGACCAGGCGAUCUUCAUCUCUCUCAAAUGAGGUAGAUUGUCCACAAAAUAAAAUUCAUGCAGAAGUCAUGGCAAAGCAGGCUGCCUGCCCCAAGAAAGGCCAAUGUCAUCACUUACUGUACAAAUCAUCUUCCUCCACUCCUUCCUAACAAGACCUGCCAGUGGACAAUUACAAGUGGCUUCCAAAGAGCCCUGUGGUGCCAAGCAUCUGAGUGAGCCCUGAAAAGUUUCUCAAAUUCUGAUGUGUACCAGAACCACAGGGAAACUUGGGACAGUGACAGUUACCAAGUUGGAGUCCUACUGUACCAAUGUGGGGUUAGAAACAGAAAUCUGUAUUUCACCAACAUCCCACAUGAUCCCAAAGCACUGGAAAUGACUAGCUUAGAACUCCAUGGCUCCCUUCACCUCUCCUGUCUAACCCCCAUUUCCCAUAGUGGUUUGUAGUUGUACAGUGCUGAGCAGUCCCAAGAACAAAGUGACCCUGUAAGAAGAGGGUUGACACACAGCAUCUCUAACUUUUCCAAAGUCUGAAUCUUAAAAAUGCUUCUUCAGGCCAGGCAUUUUAGUACAUGCCUGUCAUUCCAGCACCAGAGCCAAGACAGGAGGAUUGCGAGUACAAGGCCAAUCUGGGCUAUGGAGACACUGUCUAAAACAAAACAGCUUCACUGAGAAACAGGUCCCAGUUUGCCUCCUGGGAUGAAGUGCAGAACCGCUGAGGAUGUAGAAAAACUAAGGGCCAACUAACACCACCUCUUUCCUCCACGUGCAACAGGGUGGUGAGGUCGAGGCUGUACCGGACCCCGCAGCACAGGGGCAAGGAGCCAGGGGCCUUUGGCUUUCAGAGAAGAGACAAGCUGGAGGUCCCGGAGAGAGUGCCCUCAGCUUUGGAAUCAACGCCCAAUCCAUAUCGGUGGGAGCCCAGAGAGUGAGCGAAGGGCCACACUGGGCAGGGAGGCAGGAUGGAGAGGACACUGACCCACAGUGCCCCGUGGGGGCUUUAUUUUGACACCACUUUGUUUCAAUACAAACAGUGCUGAAAGAAAGUCAUGUCCCCCUUUGGGGAGGGACGAGGGAAGAGUGGUCUGUGUUGUUUGGGAGCCCAACCUGCAAUCCACAGGUAAAGUUGGGCCCAGACUGCCAGCAUGGCAGGGGGAGAUGGCACCAAGGAUGACACAGUGCAUGGCCCAGCUGCCAGAGUAUGGGGGGCCUGUAACUGCAGGUCCUCAAGCUCUCACUGACUGGUGGGGUGCUGUUCAGGACCCCUAAACCAGAAUGAUGCAGAAGACAAAAGCUGAGCUCCAGGGACUUCUCUCAGAGCCUCAGCUAGUAGCAGGUUCUCAGCAUCCAGAUAGGACACACAGAUGGGACCCGCCAUGGGUGCCAGGCAGGACACAAAAGAAUAAACUCUCAAGCAUAGGCAAGGGGUGCUAUGACCCACAAUAAUGGUAGAUAAAGGUUUUCAGACACCUAGGCAGAAGUCAGCCUAGGGACAGCGGUGACAAAGGAAGAUUGCUUAAGCCUCCAGGCUGAUCCUAAAUAAACACUUUAG